AUGGCUGGUGCAACGAAUUUUUCAAAGAAAUGUAUCGUUUUUGUCACGGGUGCUUCAAAGGGAAUUGGCCAAACUAUAGCUGUAGAAUCCGCCAGGCAAGUCAACCAAGAUUCCGUGUUUGUUUUACUCGCCAGGUCGGAAUCGGGGUUAGACAAAACAAAACAAUUAAUUUUGGAAAUAGACAAGUCUUUAACAGUGCUAACAUACAAAGUUGACCUUUCCAAGCCAGACUUAAAUUUGUACAAUGAUAUUUUCAAACAAGUCUUGAAGUCAAUCGAUUCUUCUGGAAUUGAGAUUGGCCUUAUAUUUCAUAAUGCCGCCCAUGUGGGAGUUCUCAAAGAUUCGACGGAAUUGUCAGACCUGCAGGUCUGGAGGGAAUAUUAUGAUCUUAAUCUGUUUUCCGCUGUCUUACUCAACAAUGCUUUUAUCAAACAUAUAAGGCCUAUCGCGCCUCAAUUGGUAAUCGUGAAUAUAUCAUCUCUAGCUGGCAAAGUGCCUUUUGCAAACUCGGCGAUGUACGGUAGCGGGAAAGCAGCUCGCGAAUUAUUCUUCAAGGUUCUCGCAUUGGAACACAAAAAUAUAAUUGUUUUGAAUUAUUCCCCCGGACCUGUUCAGACGGAUAUGUUCGAUAUGGUUUGCGAUGUUGCCCAGUCUGACGAGGUCAGGUCCACGUUUCAGGAAAUUCGCGCCAACACCGUUUUGACCACUAAUCAAACCGUUUCCAAAUUGCUAGAGGUUUUGGAAAAAGGAGAUUUUAAAAGUGGCGACACCGUCGAUUAUUUCGAUAGGGUCAAUGCUUAAAGGAAAAUCGAUAAACGCAUUCCAUGUAAAAGUAUGCAAUGUUGUCCAUACUAAAUAAAUAUUUAAAAAUGUUA